AUGAACUCACGAGUGCUCUCUCAUCUCAGUUCUAAAACGUUGCGCCAGCUUCGGAAACAGUCCUCGUUGAUGCCAUCCAGUUGUUUUUCAAUUGCUCAAUUAAUGAAAGUGAACAACCUUACGACAGAGGCAUCAAGUACAACAACAAACACCUCUUUGGAAUCCUCAGUGAAUAAUCGGACAUCGGUUUCUGCAGAACAAAUUAACAAAUUAUGUUUACUUUCCCGAGUAUCUAUUCAAGAAAAAUCUCAAUUAAACAAACUCACCCAAGAUGUUAAUAAUAUCAUGAUGUGUUUAGAUAUUUUGCAACAAUCUCCAGUGAAUGAUGAAAUUCAGCCCAUGUACAGUCCGAUGCAAUUUUACAAGAUGAGAAGCAAUCGAUGGAGAGAGGAUGUAGCCUCGACGAAUACUUCCGAUGCCGAGUCUAUUGCACGUCGAAAGAAUAUUAUUCAGAGCAAUACCAAGGACAUCAAGGCUGGAUACUUUAUUGCUCCAAAAGUUAAAUAG